UAGUUUUCUUGACGACAGCGCCUCCUGGUGUCCGCGGGCGGGACUCGAACCUGCCAACACUUGUACCACAUCAGUUUGAAGAUGGCGGAGGGUGAAUUGAACGUGGACAGCCUCAUCUCUCGGCUCCUGGAAGUACGAGGAUGUCGCCCAGGCAAGAUAGUCCAGAUGACGGAGGCAGAGGUGCGGGGCCUCUGUAUCAAAUCCAGGGAGAUCUUCCUCAGCCAGCCCAUCCUGCUGGAGCUUGAGGCGCCCCUGAAGAUCUGUGGUGAUAUCCAUGGGCAGUACACAGAUCUACUGAGGCUGUUUGAGUAUGGUGGCUUCCCCCCAGAGGCGAACUACCUUUUCCUGGGCGACUACGUGGACAGAGGGAAACAGUCCCUGGAAACCAUCUGCCUUCUGUUGGCCUACAAGAUUAAAUACCCAGAGAACUUUUUCCUGCUCAGGGGCAACCAUGAGUGUGCUUCCAUCAACCGCAUCUACGGUUUCUACGAUGAGUGCAAGCGCAGGUUCAACAUUAAGCUGUGGAAGACCUUCACCGACUGUUUUAACUGCCUCCCCAUUGCCGCUAUCAUUGAUGAGAAGAUCUUCUGCUGCCACGGAGGGCUAUCGCCUGAUUUGCAGUCGAUGGAGCAGAUUCGCAGGAUCAUGAGGCCAACAGACGUGCCUGAUACAGGCCUGCUGUGUGACCUGUUGUGGUCCGACCCAGAUAAGGAUGUACAAGGUUGGGGAGAGAACGACCGCGGGGUCUCCUUCACCUUUGGGGCAGAUGUGGUCAGCAAGUUCCUAAACCGCCAUGACCUGGACCUCAUCUGCAGAGCCCACCAGGUUGUGGAGGAUGGAUACGAGUUCUUUGCCAAACGCCAACUGGUCACACUUUUCUCUGCUCCAAACUACUGCGGGGAGUUCGACAACGCAGGCGGCAUGAUGAGCGUCGACGAAUCCCUCAUGUGCUCCUUCCAGAUCCUAAAGCCCUCAGAGAAGAAGGCCAAGUACCAGUAUGGUGGUGUAAAUUCUGGUCGGCCUGUCACCCCACCCCGCACCGCCCAAGCCCCCAAGAAGAGGUGAACGUACAGCCUUGGCUCUCCCCCCUUCCUCCUUCUCACCUUGUCCGUCCCUAGUCUGCCAUCACGGCAACCCCUGUAACUCCCCUGUAUAGUGAAGAUACAGGGCUUAUCUAAUUGCCCGAAUCUUUCUCUUCCUCUUUCUUUCCCACUCACCCACCCUCUCCCCAACUCCACUGACAGCUCUUUUCUUAAUGUGUAUGUGUACAUAAAUUUGCUGUGACCAAUCUGGGUUUUUUGUUUUUUUGCCUGUUUGUUGGUAUUUUUGAUAUUAUUAACAGAUAAUCUUUUUUUUUGUGGUUUUACUUCCGAUGCCAUUCGAGGUUCUGUGUCGCGAAAAGAAGCGCCUUCUCUGUGAGGAGAGGCAAAGUGACCGAGUCAGACGAAUCCUUUUUCAGUCUAACCAAAACAACAGUACAGAUUAAACAUUGUUUUGCCUUGACCUCUCAAAAAGCGGAGAGAAUCCUUCCAAUGCAUAUUUUAAUGAGACUGAGGUUUUCGUGCAAUGCAA